AUGCAUCCCAAUGCUUUUCAUUAUAAAUUCGCAUAAUACCCUUACUAACCCCCAGUAUACCUCUACCCAUAAUAUAUACCACAACCAAAUUACAAUUACUAUAAUUUUCAACAUUACAAACCCCCCAUGUAUCAUUAGACACAAAUACCAACUCAACAACCCCAAAUUAUCAUCAUCUCAGACGACGAAGAAUGUGUGCCUGUCCCAAAAAUCGACAAACCGCUCCCAACCAAAACCAUCAAUACAACUCAGUCCUAAAAAUAAAUAGCCAAAUUGCUGGACCUCGAUACACUCGAAGCUCAAGGGAAAUUGUACGACUAUGAAAGUUCCCAAUCCCCUCCAUUACCAAAGAGAAUUAUCAAAAAACCCCAAAAACCUCUCUAUAGACCCCAGAAGAGAAAGGUGAUCAAGACUCGCAGAGAACCCAUUCGACACUCCUAUUAGAAGAUCAAACAGGUGCAGAUCGGAGCCGAACGACAAUCGCUGCACUAUCCUCAAUCCAAUGUGAAGGCCAAAUUCAUCAGAGUGUAUGAGAAACAAGAAGAUAAAUGUAUGUAUCAUCGCUACAUCGACCUAGUUUCUAAAUUGUUUGAGUCAUUAAAAGCCAAUUUUUAGGAAGCCAAUGACGAAGACAUUGCAAUCAUUCUCAAUAUGGUUGGCAAGGAUUAUCAAAAGGCAGAAACAUUUAUCAACGAAAAUGGACUCUUCCUCCAAUCUUACCUCCAAAACUAUAAGGAUUUAUCGGAAGAUGACUCUACUAUCAAAAAAUGA